AUGUCGCCUCUCUAUUCACAACAAGGUGUCGUCGUAUCAAAGCUAAAAAAGGGGCAACAAACGAUGAUAAAUGAAAUAUUUUUACACAUGAAGGAAGAUGAAGCAUCACCGCCAAUAAAUGUGAUGGCAAUUUGGAAGGCGCAUCAAGUAUCAAUGUCAAUCAGUGAUCCAUGCCCGUUAACAUCAAGGAAAUCUCAUUUCAUCGCUCGUUGA